GUAUUAAGUUUCUUUAGAAUUAUGGGAUGAAUAGCUUCAUUUCUCCGAUUGGCACUGUCAGCCGCAUAAGGGAGGAGGUGUGUGGGGAACGGAAAUGGGAGUGAAAUACUAAUUUUUAAAACGAACUGUUAUCUGAUUAAAACGGUAACCUGGUCUUGAUUCAGCAAUCCAAACAAAUAAUCAUGAUUGGUGGACUCUUUAUAUAUAACCACAAAGGAGAAGUUCUUAUUUCUCGUGUCUAUCGAGAUGACAUAGGGAGAAAUGCUGUGGAUGCAUUCCGAGUAAAUGUCAUCCAUGCUAGGCAACAAGUUAGAAGUCCUGUGACAAAUAUUGCCAGAACCAGUUUUUUUCACAUAAAAAGGAGUAACAUAUGGCUUGCAGCAGUCACUCGACAAAAUGUUAAUGCUGCAAUGGUGUUUGAGUUCCUCUUGAAAAUGGUAGAUGUGAUGCAGUCAUACUUUGGUAAAGUCAGCGAGGAGAAUGUCAAGAACAACUUCGUUUUGAUUUAUGAACUAUUGGAUGAGAUACUCGACUUUGGUUAUCCCCAAAACACAGAUACAGGAAUUUUGAAAACUUUCAUUACGCAACAGGGGGUGAAAUCACAAACAAAAGAGGAACAGAGUCAAAUAACAUCUCAAGUAACAGGACAGAUAGGAUGGCGACGAGAGGGAAUCAAAUAUAGACGUAAUGAAUUAUUCCUUGAUCUUUUGGAAUAUGUGAACUUACUUAUGUCGCCCCAAGGUCAAGUGCUGAGUGCACAUGUAGCUGGAAAAGUUGUCAUGAAGUCUUACUUGUCUGGCAUGCCUGAGUGCAAGUUUGGAAUCAAUGAUAAAAUUACCAUGGAGAACAAAGGCAAAAGUAGCAGUACUAUGGAUGAUCCAACUCGCACUUCGGGGAAGACAUCAAUUGCUAUAGAUGAUUGUCAGUUUCAUCAGUGUGUGAAGUUGAGUAAAUUUGAGAGUGAACACAGCAUCAGUUUUAUUCCACCUGAUGGGGAGUUUGAAUUGAUGAGAUAUCGUAUAACCAAAGAUAUCAGUUUUCCAUUCCGCAUCAUUCCACUGGUUCGAGAAGUUGGCAGAACUAAGAUGGAGGUUAAAGUUGUCCUCAAGUCAAACUUUAAGCCUUCUCUUAUUGGACAGAAAAUUGAAGUUCGUAUACCUACCCCCCUAAAUACCAGUGGAGUUCAGUUGAUUUGUAUGAAGGGUAAAGCAAAGUACAAAGCCAGUGAAAAUGCAAUAGUAUGGAAGAUUAAAAGAAUGGCAGGGAUGAAAGAGACUCAACUUAGUGCUGAGAUAGAACUCUUACAGACUGAUACUAAGAAGAAAUGGAACAGACCUCCUAUUUCUAUGAACUUUGAGGUAUGAUGGAAUUCUUAAUGCUUAGCCAAAGUUAAAGGC